AUCCAAAGCAUUAAAACCUCGCAAGGGAACGCAGGCGAAGCCGAAGGCACGAUCGUAAGCGAAGCACGCCGAAGGACAGCCGGCGAGCAAGCAUGGCUGGUGUAGUGCGUUCUGUACAGAGUGUUACCAAAGUUCUAACCGCUUGCCGACUGCUUUCACGGAUUGCCUGCCCACCUCGUGCAGCGUCGUAUUACCUCUGCAAAGAUCAGCUUGCGAUCACGACCUAUGUCCCCGAACGGAAAGCCACUGUGCUGGCAGCUGCAGCGGAGAGGGAGAACUCCUCCUCGCAGUGGCAGGGCCACCAGCUGGAUCGGGCACUGCAGCGCAUUGACAACGAGGUGCGUCGCACGGGCCGGGUGACACGCCGGGACUUGGACGAUGUGCUGGCGCAGGCCAGCGUCCUCGGGCGUCUCUCGGGUCCCCAGGGUCUGCUCCUGGUGCGCAUGUGCGGGGCCUUCCUGCGCGAGGAGCCUCCGUCCGCACGCCAGGAACUGGCACGGGCAGUCUGGGAGAACCUGCAGUCGCUCGGUUGCCCGCUGGAUGCCAGCCACUACAACGCCCUGCUGCAGGUGUACCUGGAGAACGAGUUCCCCUUCUGCCCGUCCACCUUCCUGGGCACCAUGGAGGCUGCCUCCGUUCAGCCCAACAGGGUGACGUUCCAGAGGCUGAUACAUCGGUACUGUCAGCAGGGAGACAUUGGCGGUGCCAGCAAGAUACUGGAGCACAUGAAGAGCCAAGACAUGGCAAUCAACGAGAAAGUCUUUAACUCGCUGGUUCUGGGUCACUGCCGUGCCGGAGACACUGAGAGUGCCUGGAAUGUCCUAGAAGUGAUGAGGAAUGCACAGCUGGAGCCAACUGCAGACACAUUCCACGCGCUGCUGGUUGGCUGCGCCGAGCGAGGCGACCAGGCGGGCCUGGAGCGAGCACUGCGUGAGGCCGACCGGGUCGACACCUUCCUACCCGAUGAACUGCUGCUGGACGUGGUGCGCGUGCUGGCCUGCAAAGGCCACCACAGCAUGAUUGAUAUGCUGCUGGAAAGGACCCGGCGCCUGGCAGGCUACACCCAGGACUGCAUCAACGUGUGCCUGCAGCUGCUGGCGCAAGGCCAGGAUGAGGUGGCUUAUCGCUUGCUCCUCACCAUGGAAUCGCCGCGCAACGAGUACCAUGGAAACUUUUUCGUCAGCCAGAUGGUGCGGCGAGGUCUGCCCCUGGAACGCAUCCUGCACUACUGCAAGGACCUGCAGAGUCGGGGCCUCAACAAUCGUGCCCUGGUGCGCAGUGCUGAAGUGGCCCUUGGCAGCCGUUCUGAACUGGCCCUGCCGCUGUUGCGGGAGAUGCACCAGCAGGGGAUGCCGCUGCGGACGCACUACUUCUACCCUUUGGUCUUGGCUCAAGGAAACAAUGAACAGGGCGUCUACGACGUCAUCAAGGCCAUGAUGGACCUUGGAGUGGAAACCAACUAUGACCUGCUGGCCGAAUACGUCUUCCCAGCUGUCAACACCGAGGACACUGCCGCUGUGGUGGAGAAACUAAAGGGUCUGGGCCUGAGUGUGUCUGCCAUUGUGAAUCCUCUGGUUCUGCACCACCUCCAAGCAUCGAAGUUGGACAAGGCCCUGGCUGUCGCGGAGCAGUUUCCAGUGAACCUGGUGCCAUCGUUGCUGGUACCGUCUCUGGCUGCCUGCUAUAGGGAAACUCGCCAGGCUGUGCCUGCUGUCAAGCUGCUGUCCAUGGCACUGCAAGGCCCUGAGGCUACUUCUACAGGGACAAGCCGCACAGAUUGGGCAGGACGGUUCUUGACAGAGUGUCUGGUGGACCAGCCAGCUCAGCACCUGAACAACCUGAUCCCUGAGCUGGUGGCAAAUAAAGUGCACAUCUCCCGGUCCACUGCAGACACGCUGAGGACACGUCACGGAAAGUCUCUCAACGGUUCCAUCCUUGAUAUGCUGGACCAGAUAUCGGCGGAGAAGCUGGAUGACUUUGGUGACUCUAGGCUACCUUCUCAGAACGACAUGGGCAUUGAGGAGCUGGAGGCCCACCUACUGGAGCUACAGAGCAAAGGCAUGAACACUCGAGGGGCGCUUCGCCGGCUUCUGCUGCUCCACUGCCGCUUCAGGCACGUGGAGCGGGCCCUGUCGGUGGCCGAGCAGCUGCGUCAGGAGGGCUGCACCUUCACGGGCGCCAUGCACGCCCAGCUGCUCGAUCUGUUUGUGUCCAUGGGCGACCUGGAGCGGGCACGGGACCACCUGAAGCAGGUGCGGGACGUGGACCCCUCGUUCCGCUUGGACAACCACAAGUUGCUCGGCCUGGCUGCCCUCGAGGCGAGCCGAGGACACACCGAUGAGGCCCUGCGCUUGCUGGAGGAGGACACAGGACACACUAAUGACGAUGGCCGCCAGACACAGCAGCCCGGGGUUGACCGGGUGGCCGCCCGCCUGCUGACCGCCCUGGCAGAGCAAGGGGGUCCUGUGGAGCGUGCCCUGCAGCUGCUGCUGGAACGCUGCUGGGUGAGCCCGUCAUCCACCCUGCUGGCCCCGCUGGUGCGAGCACAUCUGGUAAAGGACGACAUACCAGGGGCCCUGAAAACAUUCGAGGAGUGUGCCCGUCGCUACCGGCUCACACCCCUCAAAGGGGAACUGUCGCGACAGCUCAUCAACAAAGAACGAUCAGAGGAACUGCAGAAAGUGGUGGACAUCAGCACAGAGGUGCAUGGUGAGGCCAACACCCUGUUUGACUUGACAGCCUACUUCCUCGAGUGUGGCCACGUACGCCAGGCGCAGAAGAUCCUCGAGACUCCCGGGCUGCGAGCACGGCACCAGCGGCUGAACGAGAUCAGCGAGAACUUCCUGCGGCGAGGCAUGGUGACACAGUUGGAGCAGCUCACCGCCAUCACGCGGAGCGUUUUCGAUGUCAACAGAGACCGUCUGUACCAGUCCCUCUUCAGGGCGUACGACGCAGCAGGGGAUGCCGACCGUGCCCUGGAGGCCUGGGCCCAGAUGCAGGAGGAGAACGAGCAGCCCAGCGAGCGUACACUGCGUCUCCUGGCCGGCCUGCUGCAGCGCCUUGGCCGCCCGGUACCCUUCACUGUGCCUACCGUGGAAGUGGACGCAAAGCAGGACAAUUUUGACACCUUGCUCACCUCGGACCUCGAUGCAGCAUUGGACCUCUGGCACAGGGGCCAAGUGUCCGGCAGGCAGAAGGGCUAUCAGUUGUUGCAGGCUCUCAGCCAGCAGGGCCGCACCCGGGAGGCCCUCCGGCUUUUGGAUCAGCUUCUGCAGACCUCUCAGCCAGCUACCAUCUCUGGCCGAGCCUUGCGACCCCUGCUUCAGCAGCUGGCCAGCCUGGGCGAGGUGGAGUCCCUGACCAAACUGCGACCGCAGCUGCCCGACCGUCUGCUGCGGCAGCUGUCCUAUGACAACCUGCUCUGCAACGCCUACGUGCACAGUGGACGAACAGGUGACCUGCUAUCAGAACUGGAGAGUGCACCAGGCGAGUGGGCAUCUGGUGGACGCUGUCCAUUUGGCGGUCUCGUGGGGCUCCUGACACGCCACCCCGAGAUGGCCGAUCGAGUGGAGGCGUUGGGCCGCACCUAUGGCACGCAGCACGACUGCUGGACCCCCCUGAAUGCUCUUUGGUCACAUCGGGUACUUCAACAGGACUACGCAGGGGCGGACCAACUGCUCAAGGAGUUUCCACAGCUGGGCCCACAGAUCCUCUUUGUGCCUGUGAUGCACGAGUCCAGGGACAAAAAAGAUGAACGCAUGGCUCGCUACCUGGAAGAUACACUGACUGCACAUGGCAGCUCCCCAAAGAGCCAGGCCGUGGCACGCAGCAAUUUGAUCCGUGUUCUCGCGUUGCAGGGUAGCGUGGACGAGGCCCUCAAGCUGUUGCAGGCGACCGAUGAGUCGAGCGUGGCCCCAUGGGCGUUGGCUGCACUGCGGGAUUCCUUGGAGGCUGCUGGCAAGCCUGUGCCAUUCCAGGUGCCACCGUUGCGCCAGCAGGAGGAGCAGCGACAGGACCACGUGCAGCAGUAGGAUGCACCCUAUGCCCAGCCAUUAUGUACAUAGAUCUAGUCGAUUAAAACAUCGUUCACUCAAA